GGGCGCGCGUAUCCUCCAUCUCUGUCUCUCGAAGCUUCGUGACCCAGCGGUCUCCAGGCUCAAGCCGAGUACGGCUUUUCCCUCCGGGGCUCCGAGUCCUGAACCUCGACUUUCUUUAUCUGUCCGUCCCCCAGUAAGUACUUACAGAAGACUUUGAUCAAAAUGAUUUCCAAAAAAAGGCUGUCAAGAUCGGAGGAUCAAGAAGCAUCCAUAGAAGAGGCCUCUAAGACCAAGAGGCAACAGCUUCCCAAAAAGACAAAGAAAUCUCAUGCUUCUAAUGAAGUUGAAGAAAAUGAUAAUGUGUUUGUAAAGCUUCUUAAGACAUCAGGACUUACUCUGAAAACUGGAGAGAAUCAGAAUCAACUAGCUGUGGAUCAAAUAGUUUUUCAAAAGAAGCUCUUUCAGUCCCUGAGGAAGCAUCCUUCUUACCCUAAGGUCAUAGAAGAAUUUGUCAGUGCCCUGGAGUCUCACAUUGAAGACCCUGACACCUUCAGGAACUGCCUCUUGUCUUGUGAACGCCUGCAGGAUGAGGAAUCAAGCAUGGGUACAUCUUACUCUAAAAGCCUCAUCAAACUGCUGCUGGGGAUUGACAUAUUACAGCCUGCCAUUAUUAAAACCUUGUUUGAGAAGGUGCCAGAAUUUCUUUUUGUGAAAGUGAACAGUGAUGGCAUCAACAUGCCGCGACUCAUUAUAAAUCAAUUCAAAUGGCUCGACAGGAUUAUAGACGGCAAGGACCUCACUGCCAAGAUCAUGCAGCUGAUCAGCAUCGCUCCAGGGUGCUUGCAGCAUGACUUCAUCACCAGCCUUCCUGAGAUCCUUGGGGACUCGCAGCAUGCCGAUGUGGGGAAGGAACUUGGUAUCCUAUUGGAGGAGAGUACUGAGCUCACUGCCCCUAUCCUGGAUGUCCUUUCCAGCCUCCAGCUUGACCCUGACUUCCUGUCAAAGGUCCGCCAAUUGGCAAUGCGUAAGCUGGACUCAUUCAAACUGGAUGAUCUCCCUGCGAUAAUCAAGUUUGUUCUUCAUUCUAUAACAGUCACUAAUGCAUUUGAGGUAAUCUCUGAGCUUCGAGGGAAGUUGAAUCUGCAGCAUUUUACUUUGCCAUCAUUACAGCCUUCACAAAUCAAUUUGAAGAGAACAAGAGGAGCAAGUUCUUCAGGAAAUCAAGAAAGUAGCUAUCCGGACUAUGCUACACUCAUCUUCGAUGUAAUAAAGUCAGCUGUUAGAUAUGAGAAAGCUAUAUCAGAAGCCUGGGUUAAGGCAAUUGAAACUGUUGUCUCUGGAUCUGAUCACUCGACUCUUGACGUGGUGAUGCUCUUCAUUAUCUAUGGCACCAGCCCUCAGACAAAGAAGUACAUUGAGCGGGUGCUGAGAAGUAAGAUUCGCUCGGGCUGCUUUGAUCAACCACUGCUGGAGUCCACCUUCAGAGUGCACUUCCUGAUUCUUGAGGAUAUUUGUCCAUCUGUUCUGUUGGUGGCUCAGAGUUUGUUUCACUCCCAAGAACAGAGUAUAACUUCAUUUGCCAGUCUGCUCUACAGAUUGUCAUUUAGGAUUUUUGACUCUUACUGCCAGCAGGAAGUGGUUGGUGCCCUAGUAACCCAUGUGUGCAGUGGGAAUGAAGCUGAAGUUGAUGCUGCACUGGAUGUCUUCCUUGAGCUAACAAUACUCGACCCAUCUUCAAUGAGGAUGAAUGCUGUGUUUGUGAAGGGCCUUUUAGAUUACCUGGAUAAUAUGUCCCCUCAGCAAAUCCGAAAACUCUUCCAUAUUCUCAGCACAUUGGCAUUUAGUGAACAGCAUGAAGCCAGCAGUCACAUCAAGGAUGACAUGAACCUGGUGAUCCGGAAGCAGCUAUCAAGCACCAUAGUCAAGUACAAACUCAUUGGGAUCAUUGGUGCGGUUACCAUGGCAGGCAUCGUGGCUGCAGACAGCUGGGUGCUUGACAGUGUAACAUCCUUGCUGGAGUUGGUAAAGUCCUGCAGUGAACAGUCUCCUCAGGCUUCUGCACUAUAUUAUGAUGAGUUUGCCAACCUGAUCCAAGCAGGAAACAUGGCUCCAAAGACAUUGGAAUGGGUUGGGAAGACUAUCUGUGAUGAUUUCCAAGAUGCCUUUGUGGUGGACCUCUGUGAUGUCUCGGAAGGUGCACUUCCGUUUCCUGUGAAAGCUCUCUAUGGACUGGAAGAAUACAAUACUCAAGAUGGGAUUGCCAUCAAUCUCCUGCCUCUACUCCUCUCUGAGGAAUGUGCAAAAGAUGGGGGUCCGAUAACUUCACAAGAAUCAGACAAAAAACUGGUGUCUCCAUUGUGCCUGGCUCCUUAUUUCCGAUUAUUGAGAUUUUGUAUGGCAAAACAACAUAAUGGAAGCCUAGAGGAGAUUGAUGGUUUAUUAGAUUGCCCUAUACUCCUUACUGACCUGGAACCUGGAGAGAAGCUGGAGUCCAUGCCUGCCAAGGAGCGCUCAUUCCUGUGUUCACUCAUAUUUCUCACUCUCAACUGGUUGCGAGAGGUGGUGAAUGCCUUCUGCGGACAGCAGUCAGCUGAGAUGAAGGGGAAGGUGCUCACUCGCCUGAAGAACAUUGUGGAGCUGCAGGGCGUCCUGGAAAAGUACUUGGCGGUCACUCCUGGCUACGUCCCUCCUCUUGCGAACUUUGACUUGGAAACUUUAAAUGUAAUACCUCAUAGCAGUUCUUCAUCAGCAAAAAGCAGAAACAAAGGAAAGAUAAGAGAAAGAAAAAAAAAAGCAGAUGAUGAUAAAGCAUCCUCUCCUGAUAAACUUUCAAAGGAGGAUAAUUCAGAAUGUGAGCCUGUGGCAUCUGGAAGAAGCCAGCUAGACAAGGAGUUCACAGGGAAGGAAGCAAGGACCUCAGUGUCACUGCAGAAUUACCAUGCUUUCUUCCGGGAGCUGGAUGUUGAGAUCUUCUCUAUUCUGCACUGUGGACUUGUGACCAAGGUCAUCUUAGAUACUGAAAUGCACACGGAAGCUACAGAAGUUCUGCAACUUGGGCCACCUGAGCUGCUUUUCCUGCUGGAAGAUCUCUCGCAGAAGUUAGAGAACAUACUGCUGCUGACUUGUACCAAGAAAAUGUCUUUCCUCAAGAGCAAAGGAAGCCGGAAUAUUGGAUUUUCACAUCUCCAUCAGAGGUCUGCAUCAGAAGUCAUUUAUUUCAUCGUGAAGCUAAUGACCCCAAUGUGUAGCCAUCUGGAGAACAUUCAUAACUAUUUUCAGUGCUUAGUCCCUGAGAAGCAUGACGUGAUAGGCGGACCUGAAGGGAACGCUCAGGAGUACCAAAUAAUGUCUUCUUGUUAUCUGAGACUCCUGCAGAUUUUUCAUUGGAUUUUUGCUUGGAGUGGAUUUUCUCAAGUGGAGAAUCGCCGUGCUCUGUAUUCAGCCCUCAAGAUGCUUACUGUGCGAGUGAAGCAGUGGCAGCCUGAUGAGGCCUUGGAGGAGCUUAUCAGCCAGAGCUUCAGUUACCUGCAGAAUUUCCACCUCAGCAUCCCCAGUUUCCAGUGUGCUCUUUGCCUCCUCAGAACUUUGAUGGCUCUUUUCAAGAGAUCAGUAGAUCCUGCUCAGAAGAAAGAAAGAAUUGCUUCCCUGGCCAGACAGUUCCUCUGCCGGGCAUGGCCGCACUGCGAGAAGGAGAAGAGCCCUCUCUUCAAGGACCAGCUUCAGGAUUUGCUCUGCAUCUACCUGGAGCACACUGACAGUGUGCUGAAGGCCAUAGAAGAGAUCGCUGGUGUUGGUGUCCCGGAGUUAAUCCACUCUCCAAAAGAGGCGUCUUCUACAUUCCCCACAUUAACCAGGCACACUUUUGUCAUUUUCUUCCGUGUGAUGAUGGCUAAGCUGGAGAAUACAGUGAAAAGCCUUCAGGCUGGCUCAGCAACACAGCCACCGCAGGUCCAUGAAGAGAAGCUCCUGUAUUGGAACAUGGCUGUUCGAGACUUUAGUAUCCUCAUUAACCUGAUAAAAGUAUUUGAUAGUCAUCCUGUGCUGCAUGCAUGUUUAAAGUAUGGACGUCUCUUUGUGGAAGCAUUUCUGAAGCAAUGUAUGCCACUCCUGGACUUCAGUUUUAGAAAACAUCGGGAAGAUGUUUUGAGCCUGCUGGAGACUUUCCAGUUGAACACAAGGCUGCUUCAUCACCUAUGUGGGCAUUCUAAGAUUCACCAGGACACGAAACUCACCAAACAUGUGCCUUUGCUCAAAAAGACACUGGAGCUGUUGGUUUGCAGAGUCAAGGCAAUGCUUGUCCUCAACAAUUGUAGAGAGGCCUUCUGGCUAGGGAACCUCAAAAACCGGGACUUGCAGGGUGAAGAGAUUGUGUCCCAAGAUUCCCAGGGGAGCACAGCAGAAGAGAGUGAGGACAGCGCACCAUCGCAGGUCUCCCAGAGCAGUGCUGCCCAGGAUGGUGACAAAGAUGACGAAAGUGAUAGAGAAAUGGAGCACCACAGUGAGGACAGCUUGGAUUAGACCCUGGGCAGCUGCACUGUUUCCACUGGCCUCCUCCCUGUUUAAUAUUGAGGGUUUUCUACAGGAAGCAGGCAUCCUGUUCCUGCUUCUAGAGACUGGGUGCUGUCUGAGUCCUAUAGACUGUGUGCUCGCAUCCGAAUCUCUGGCUUAGGGUCCAGUGCUGCAGGAUUUGCUGUUUGGCUGGACACAGCAGUGCUUUGCAAGCCAUCAUUAAAAGUUACUUUAAAAUU